AUGCCCAAGGAGCUGCAGCCCGCGCUGGGCCCGGCCAGCAACAUCUCUAUUAGAGCCAGCCCUAUUGCGCUGCAAAGGGGUUUCCUGGAGCUCUCUUCCAUACCUCCAGUGCUGCGUCCAGUAGUUCGAGCGUAUGUGUUCGGCUAUGUGUCGGCCGUGGGUCCCCGGAUCUUGACCCUCAUCUUGCAGCGUCUCACCCGGCGGAAAAGGAGGCGACUCUCUCAGGGGUAUGACACGGACACAUCCACGUUUCGCCAAUCAGCCCUGCACAUACUCAAGACUGGUUUCGAUGUCAAACGCUUUCCCACAUUCUGUGCUGUUCUGGCGGGCGGGAGCACGCUCUUGCAGGGGCCUCUAAAAGCUGUCAUCAACAAACUCGCAGUCAGCCUCAGCCAAGACGCCCGAAAAAGAUUCGUCAGAUGGUUGUCAACCUUCGUCUCAUCAUGGGUCGCCCUGAAGCUCCUUCACUGGGCCUCAAGUCCAGCCUACUCGAGGUGGACGACAAAGAAGGACAAUGGCGAACAGGGUGAACCGCGCCUGGUUCAGCUUGGUGGUAGAACUUUGGACCUUACCUUGUUCACUGCCACACGGGCAGUGGACGUAAUCGUCGGGGAGCUUUGGUCGCAACAUCGUGCACGUCGGAAGGCUGCCCACAGAUGGACUUGGAUUGAACAAUUCGUCACCAGCAUGAUUGAUCCGGCCGUCUUCUCUGUCUCAUGUGCCUUCAUCAUGUGGUCCUGGUUCUACUACCCCAACAACCUGCCACCCAGCUACAACAAAUGGAUCACUUCCGCCGCUUCUGUCGAUCUCCGCCUCAUCGAGGCCCUCAGGCGCUGCAAGUUCAACGAGCUUCGUUACGGAGAAGACACGGGCGCGGCUCCCUUGCUCGGAUCAAUGUGCGUCGACCACAACCUGCCCUACGAGUGGGGUGAUCCAGAGAAAGCGAUACCAUUCCCAUGCGAGAUUGUCCACAUGGGUUGUGGAUCCAGCUGUGAAUACCACGCCCUCAGCCGCCUUGUCAGAUCCUGGAAGUGGUCGAUGUAUACGUAUCUACCUCUCGCCCUGGCCUUCAAGCUGCGGAAGCCGACGCAGAAGAACAUUGUCUUCGCCUUCCUUUCCGCAGCUAGGUCCUCGGCGUUUCUGGGUACCUUCAUCAUGCUCUUCUACUAUGGCGUGUGUCUAGGCCGAACGAGAGUCGGCCCGCACAUCAUUGGCAAGGACAUUUCGAGCCGUCAAAAGAUUGAUAGUGGAGUCUGCGUCGGCACAGGCUGUUUCUUGUGCGGAUGGAGUGUGCUCAUUGAGACGGCGAGCCGGCGCAAGGAUAUGGCUCUCUUCGUGGCGCCGCGCGCGCUAGCGACUGUGGUGCCCCGAAAAUACCCCAUCGAGAAGCAAUGGCAGGUGUCUUGGGGGGACUACUGA